AGCUGCUUAUCAAUUAUAUCCAUGCCAACAACUAUCAGACAUAUGUGCACAAAUACCAGUUAAGCCCCACCGCACUGAAUUGGACGCAAAACCCUAACAAAACUGGACGAACAUGUCUUCACUGGAGCAACAGCAGCCGCCCCAGAAGCGACCCUCUCUGCACUUGGCCGCAGAAGCAGCAGGAGCCGGAACUGCAGCUGGAGCUGAGAGCAUGUCCAGCUGUUCGCCGGCAACCACACCGUUGGGCAGCGCUGGCGGCGCCGGCUUCCUGCCGGACAUGCCGCAGUGGAAGAAGGAUUUGAUCCAGCGCCGCAAAACGAAUGUGGCGCGCACUAAUGCCGCCGCCGCCUGCUCGCCCACAGCCGCGGCGCCGCCAGCUGAUGGCAGCUGUGCGGCUUUCCAAGAACCUGCAGAUUCAGGUGCGACUGAAGGCAGCGCAGCAGCAGCAACAACAACUAGUCAACAACAACAACAACAACAGCAGCAGCAGCAUGUGAAACGAAAUGUAAGCCAAACACAACAACAACAACAGCAACAAGCAGCAUUUAAGACUUCACCAACAGAGGAAAAGUCUGAGAAAUGUUUUAUUGGAAGUGGAGGUCAUCAGACGAUUCCAACAGCAGCAGCAGCAGCGUCGGCAGCGACAGCGGCAGCCCAAAGUACACAAGGCAAAGAUUUAGCCACGGCCUUUUCAGCAGAAACGGCAGCAUCAGCAGCGGCAGCAGCAGCGACAGCGGCACCAAUACCAAAGCAGCGAUCAAGUUUAUUCAACACAAGAAGUCAAUCAACUGGUAAGGAGCAAGAAGAGAUUCUAAAUUUGGAUACCAGAGAACGUGAGCGUGAGAGAGAGCGCGAGCGAGCGUGCGGUGAGCGUGACGUUGAGGUGAAUAGCGCUAGCAUGGUGUAUGCGAGCGUGCGCUCUGGUGAAGUUGAAACUGGCACAGCGACAACUGGAGCAUUAACAGCAAUAGGCAACAGCAGCGGCGUCAGCGGCAGCGGCAGCGCAAAUGUGAAACAAACGGCAGCAACAGCGGCUACAUCGUCGUCGUCAGCAAAUCAGUUGCAAACGAAAUGCAAACCAGGCCAGAGCGUUGCUGAAGCAGCGCCAAGCAAUUACAUUAGCAGCAGCAGCAGCAACAUAAGCAGCAGCAGCAAUACGCCAAUUUUAAUUGAUAAAAAUUGUAAAUCGAAAAUAUCCGACAAAUUGCAGAGCAACAAGUUUAUUAAAAAUCAGCAACAACAGCAACUGGAACGCCAAACGGCCGCGUCGCCCACAAAAGUAGCGGUAAAAACGACAAUGGUCGCCAUGCAAGAAAUGAAAAAGACAACCACACAAAAUGGCCAACAACGUCAUCAUCAUCAUCAUCAUCAUCAUCAACAUCAUCAUCAUCACCAGCAGCAACAGCAGCUGCAGCUGCAUCUGAAAAGCGCCGAUGCCGACAUGGACGUUGGCGUCGCUGCGCUGCAGCCAACGCUUUUGGACGCCGUCGAUCAGCACGAGGAUCUCAGCUAUGGACCCGGCAUUGUGUCCAAGCUGCGCUGCCGUUAUCUAAAUCUGGCGCUGCGCUGCGAGUCGCGCCAGCAGAGCCAAAAUCAGCGACUGCAGCGCUCCACGAGCCUCAAUACGUUGCUCGAUCGUAACGACGACGUCGAGGAUGAGGAACAGCAGCAGGUAAAUAGCUCCACAAUUGCCGUCGCUGCCGCAGUCAACGUCAAUGUGACACGCAGCGCUGCAGCGCCGCCCAUACUGAGCGCCAAGCCAACGGGCAACAGUUACAUCAAAAGCGUCAGCGUCUUGCAGCAGCAGCAGCAGCUACGCCAGCAGCAGCAGCAGAAGACGGCGCAGCAGGAGCAACAGCAGCCGGCGUCGACGUCGCUUAACGGUAACGCGCUGCGCUCGCGUCAUUUUAAGCGCGGCAACGAGGUAAUGAAACGCGCACGCUCCGUCGAGGCGCUGCUCUGCGAGAAGUCGCCGUGGAAUACGCAACGCGCCGGCUAUCAGGCGGCAGCGGUUAAUAGCAGCGCAGUCGCAGUCGCUGCUGGCACGACCCCAGCCGCAGCCACAGUCACAGCCACAUCGGCUGCCCCAGGCACUUCCAGCUGCGUCAGCAUCGAGGAUAAGAUACACAAUGCACGCGAGCGUCUGCACAGCGGCACCGAUGCCACGCCCCCAAAGCGUCUAACCUCCAUUAUAGAUGACACCGAACGCCCACCGCCGGAUCUUGUCAAGCAGACGCUGAAAAUGUUCGAGGCGAGCGCCAAUCGUCGGCCGCGCGCCACGCAGCGCAGCAACGGCGUCGGCGGCGUCGCCAGCAAAGUAGCCAGCUACAAGUCGAUUAUCAAGGAGCAGAAGCCAAACAGCGCUGGCGGCAGCAGCAGCGGCGGCAGCAGCAGCAGCAAGCCGACAGCAGGAUUUGCUGCCUCGACACCCAAGCAGCGCGUCGGCAGCACCAAUGUUCAUGCUGUCGUUCCAGACAUCAUUCCCAGGCAGCUGGAAGCCAGCUGCGACUACGAUUCGCCUGUGACGAGCAUUACCAAAAUGAUGAAACGCAUGCAGCUGGAAGCGCCAGAUGGUGCGGCAGUGGGCGCAGGCGCAGGAGCGGGCGCGGGUGCGGUUGCGGGCGCUGGCAGCAACAAUCAUCGCUUAGUCAGCGAUCAGCAGCGAACGCAGGCAGCAGCAGCUGGCGAGGCUGACGUUGACGGCGACGACGACGACGACAACGGCAACGACAACGACAACGACGACAGCAGAGACGAUGAGAACAACGAAGGCAACGAAAAAGUUGACGUUGACGGCGACGCUGCAGCUGAAGCUGGCGGCGACGGCGACGACGUUUGCAAUGGCGUUAAGCUGGGCGAGGCUGGCGAUAAGUUAACAGCAACGCCGGCAGCGCUGCCGCUGGACGAGGCAGGAGGCGUCGGCAGCAGCAGCGCCCAGCGCUCAUUUGCUGCCGCCUUGCAAGAGAACGCGCACGCUUCCAGCACGAGUUCCAGCAGUCGAAAACUGUCGCAGCGCAGCAGCGAUAACAGCGAAUCCACAACAACAACAACAACAACAGCAACAGCGACAACAGUAAUAGCAGCAGCAACAACAACAACAAAGCAAAUUGGUGUCAUCAGGCCGCUGCUGAACAACUCCGGGUCCAGUUCCGGCUGCGGCACGCCGCUGACCAGUCGCGAGAUUGAAAAGAAUCGCAUUAAUGAAAUGAAAAAAUCAACAGCACUCGCUGCAGACGCAGCUGCUGCUGCUGCCGCCGCCGCCGCCGCUGCUGCCUCUGCCACUAGUCUCGACACCGUGAUAAACACCAAGGAUGGCAGCGAAUUGGACGCUGCGGCAGCGGGCAGCGGCAUCUCACCAAUUUGGCCGUUGCGCAAGCGCCGACAGCCGACAGGUGGCGCCAAUAGCAUUGGAGGCGGCGGCGUCGGCGUCGCCAGCAGCAGCUCCCAUGCGGACAGCAACACCUCCAUGGUGUUCAACUUCUCCAAGAGCGGCAAGGAGGUGCCGGACUAUAUUGAAAGCGAUGUUGUGAUCUACAGACGUAAACGGGAACUGCCAAAGCCAAAUGAACCGGGCUUCGUGCUGCUGGGCGACCUUUCGGUGGAGACAUCGACAGACACGGACUACGAUGAUUAUUCAAUGUGCCCGCCCUCGCCCUGCGACGUUGAGUUCGAGAAUGCGAAUAUUGUGAUCGACGGCAAGUCCAGCAUACGCCAGAAACCCAAAGAUUCAUCGUUCCGCGUACAAUUUAACGAUACGUUAACGUCAACGUUUGAAUAUCCCUCCGAGGCAUCGCAGACCAUUGACGAUCCGCCGUAUGCCGAUCCCUACGGUAAUGUUACCAAGCAUCAUCAGCUCUUCUACGAGGAGCACCUCAGGUUGCAGCACCAGCAACAACAACAACAGCAGCAGCAACAACAGCAGCAGCAACAACAACAACAUCAUCAUGUUACAGUCGAUGAGAUAAUUGAGCUGCCGACAGCCGCGGCGACAUCCUCCGCGUCGCAUAAGACGUCGGGGACCAGCGCAAUGCUGGGAAAUUUACCAUUAGGCUCUACGGCCCUGGGCUUCUACACCCCCCUUAAGGCCUCGCCCAUGGACAGCCUCUUCCAGCUGGGCGUCACGCGCUAUGCCACGCCCGACAGCAGCAGCAGCAGCAACGGCAGCCCAGCCACAAAUGGCGGCAGCUACAACGGCAACGGCAGCGGAGAGGGACACAGCAAGGAGGAGAGCGACGGCAAGGAGCUGGCGGCUGCGCCCGACGAUGUCGAGGAUUAUCUGACCACCUCGGCGCCGCCGACGCCGACGGGCGGCAUUGUGUACAGCGAGGGCGCCCAAAAGACCGAUCUAUUGUACUGAACGAACCAGUUCCGUUUCGAGCCGGAAACAGAUUUACAAACGGAACCGGAACCGGAAGCGGAACCCGUAGCAGAUCCUGAAACGCGCUGAGCUUCGUUUAAAUACGUAUAUAUAUAUAUACAUAGAUAUUAUUGAUAAGUUUGUAGGCCUAAAAUGCGUUUGCAAAAACAGAAAAAGAAAACAUUUUUUUUUUUUAAAUAUAUAUAUAAAUAUUAAAAUAUACAUAAUACUACUAUUAUAUAUAUAUAUAUUAUUGUAAUGUAUCUUUGGCACUGAGCAACCGUAAAUUUUUU